UCGUGUCGGAAACAAGUAUUUCUUGUUUCCUCUAUUCAUUAUCAUCUCUAAGAUGGAACCAAAGAGUUGUAAGACAAUGUUAUUAUUUGUAAUAUCGUCUGUUAUAUUUUCUAAUGUCUAUUGUAUCAUUCCUCAUGACUUUAACAAAGUGACAGUUAUCAACACUGAAAAUGAAUUAGAAAAUCUGAAGAGCUCACGAAAUAUUGCUGUUGUUUAUUAUUAUAAAAGAGAACUGGCCAGAAUUAGGCAUUUCUUCAAAGAAUAUGACAAAUCAGCAGAAUAUUUAGCAGUAUAUGGUGUUCAGGCAGGAAUUGUUGACUGUACAGAAACCAAUAAACAAUCACCUGAGAAAUGUAAAGAAGCUCAAAUUCAGCAUAAUAUAUUCACUUACAAAAGUGGUGAAGACUUAUUAAUUCUAGAUUUAGAAACCAUGUUUGAUGUAAAUUCUAUCAUGUCCAAUGUUUUGCAGUUAGUUCUGCUACAAGAAGUUCCCAUCAUUCAAAAUUUAAAGGACCGAGAUGAAUUGAUAGAUAGAAGUAGAGGCAAGAAAGAUGUCAUCUUUACCUAUCAGAAAGCUGAACAUAGAAUAUUUAUGGAAGUAGCAUUUGCCUAUCAAGACAAGUAUUCAUUUGCUGUUACCACAGAGAAAGAAGCUGUUGCCAAUCUGAAAGAAUCUGAAGAUAUAACAGACUCUACAUUAGCUGUGAUUUGGGUGUUACAUUGUAAGGAAAAAGCUGAAAAAUCCACUGACCAAUGUAUUGAUGUCAAAUAUGAAAGAAAGAUGGAUCUACCUUCAUUAGCUAAAUUUUUACGUGCUUUGUCCUUACCACCUUUUAUUGAAUUGAAGACAAUGAGUGAUGGUGAUAAACAUUUAAAAGAAAAAUUAGAUGUAGUUUAUUUUCUGUAUGAUAAAGAAACUAAUAGUGAUGUCAAGGAAAUAAUUAAGAAAUAUAAAUAUGAUUUACAUGGUGUUGCUGGAAUUCAAUUGGUUGAUAAAUCUAUUAUGCCACCAGAGAUGACAGAGGUAUUGACUCAUGUUAAAAUACCAGGUAUAGGUGUUUUGUUAUAUACUAAGAAUGAACCAGUAUUUAUGUCUCAACCUUGGUCAGAGAAAAACAUCUAUAAUUUUCUAUCAGAAACAUUAUUUAAUAAGAAAGGAGAGUUUCAAGGUGAUGAUGAUGAAGACGAUGUUGAUGAUGAUGAAGUGAGAGAAAUAGUACAAGCUAAUAAUGAGGAAUCUGUCAGAGCUAAAUAUGAUUUACCAACAGCAUAUGAAGUUGAAACUCAAGAUGAUAAAGUAGCCUAUUCAGUAUAUCAUACCUCUAAAACACCAAUGUCUUUAGACCACGUUAUAAAGUUAAAAGAUGAAACAUUCAAACCAACUGUUAAAGAUAGCAGCAUAUUACUUAUUCUAUUUUAUUUACAUUUUGAUGCUAAAAGUAUGGCUGUUUUAAGAAUAUUCGGAGAAUCAGCUGAAAUGUUAAAAGAUGAGAAGAGUCAGUUAGCUAGUUUAAGUUGUUAUGAUUGGACUGAUGUUUGUGGUAAACAGAAUAUUUCACGCUAUCCAACUAUUAGAUUAUAUCAAAAUGGUAAAUAUGUGAAUGAUUAUCGUGGUGCUUUUGAUGUUCAAGCAGUAGUUAAUACAGUCAAGUUAUUACAAAUAAACAGUCCAGUGAAACUAGGUACUAAUCAAGCUGUAGGGGAUUUCAUACAAGGAAAAUUUCCAGAAAACCUAAACCAGAUAACCAAUACAAGUGUUUUAGGUGUAUUUGAUAAAAAUCAUAAAGAUGAAUUAAAAGCAUUUAAAACAGUUAUAAAAGAGUAUCAGAUGUCUCUGGUAUUUGGUCUUACAGAUAGUGAAGUAGCUAAAAGUAUUGUUAAAGUGAAAGGACCAGCUAUUAUUAUAAUAAGACAUAAUGAUCAAUAUAAAAAAGAUGAUGGUUUAACUUCAGAUUUUACUGUAGAUAAUAUCAAAUCUUUUAUACAGAGUAAAAAAAUACCUACAUUGCCAGAACUAACGCCUAUGACUUUUCCUGAAUUCUAUCAACAAGGGAAGCCAUUAGUCAUAUUAUUUCUAGAUGAAACUGUUAGUAUAUAUACUAAAGAAACAGUAGCAACUUUAUCAAAAUCUGGCCAAUUUUCUCAAUUUAUCUUCUGUUGGAUGGAUAUACACAGUAACCAAGGAACAGGGGAGAAAAUCUUAAAAGAAUAUCAAAAUGAGGUUAAAGUUCCAGCAUUAUCUAUUGUUAACAAUAGGAAGGGUGAUGUUUUUAACUUCGCUGGUGAAGAGUUUACAGAAACAGCUAUAACAAAUUGGUUAAAUGGUGUUUCUAAGCAAAAUUUACAACCAUCAAAUUUUUUAAAAGCUGGUGAAUGGAAACCACCAGGUAGAAGCUAUGAUUUCCUAGCCAUUAUGGAUUUUGAAAAUGAACAUGGUGGAAGAUCUCCUAAUUUAACUAUAGAUUCACAAGAGGAACAAGAAACAGAAAAUGAUGAUAAAAUGGAAGAUAUGGAAGCUAGAGCUGAGUUAAUAGGUCUCGGUAAUUCAAGAUUAUAUAAAGAAAGAAAAACAGAUGAACCAAAAGUUGCUCACAUUCACAAAAAAGAUGAAUUAUAA